AUGGCUUCAGCUGAGGUGGACCAGAAGGCCUUAGGCAAUUUUGCCGCAGUGACGGGCCAUGAGAACCCAUUCCUAUCAGCCAUGUUAUAUAAGCUAUUAGGGUUGUCGGUUAUGCUAUCAAACAAACUACUUCGCGCGCGACGACUACGGCGACUGGAUCCGACACGUGAAACCAAAUCCCUCCAGCUGUAUUAUCACAUUAUAUGGCUUUCGCGCGAAGGCCUGCUGAUUCUCGAAGAAUUCGUCCUCCCACUGGUGGAAGGUUUCGUGGAACUGAAGAUCCUAGCAUAUAAACUCAGGGCAUCAUUCUACCAUAUAUUCGUCUUGUUCCAUAAUCAGCCCGCCGUCCACUCUCCCGGAAUUGGCAGCCUCUCCAGCACCGCAACUAUCUCCAAUGAGGCGGCGGAAACUGAACGGUCGCCAAAAGGCCAGAAUUCCAGGUUAUCGUUUCAGCCAGAGCCCGAGGUUAUAUCCGUGCCCAAUCGGCCGCCGGAAGUCGCAGAGGAUUCUUCACGAGGGUACUUGAAAGUACCACAGGCCCCUCCUGGAUUGGCACCAGUUCAAACACCCCGGCCGCUCUCGUCCUUUCUCCUACCUGCCAUCGACUAUACCCCUACCGCCACUGCAUGUUUCAACCAUGCCGCCCUUCUCGCCGAACGAUUCCUCCCCGGCUCCCACCCUCUUCGCCUUUCCGUCAAGCUCGAAUACGCCGCGUAUCUCUACGACUGCUUACACGAUGUCAGUGCCAGCCGUAAGCUGGCAAAACAGGCGAUUGCAGACGUGUAUAACGCCCAAGAAGGCAUGGACGAUGAAAGUUUCGAGGACGCUGCUGAAAUCGUGGGACUGCUCGGCAAGAUGGUCAAGCGAUCUGCCAAAGGGAGCAGUCGUGGUGGAAGCACGACUCGAAGCGUGACUCCAAGGGCCGAGAGCUCGCGCAGUGAGGGAAAUCGAACACCCACUGCUAGGAAGACGUCCCCAAGAACGGCGGCGACUACACCUAUGCCACCAUCCCCGAGGACGGCAAAGACCCCACGGGGCGGCUACUCACCGGCUGCUAUGCCCAACCCGACUAUGUUGAAUCCGAUUUGA